AUGUAUGAGGAAGAAGGAGAUGUAAAAAUCAUGUUACGAAGGAAGAAAAUUAUUAAAUUGGACAGGAGUGUAGAGUUUCCUCCGCGUGAUGGUAAAAUAUGUGGUGAACAGGGAGUUUUCAUUAAGAAUUUCGAAGAAUAUAUAUUUGUUCCUGACAAGACUAACAAUAGUGGCUUUGAUAUGACAAUAUUCGAGAAGGAUAACAAAAACAUAAUUAUUGUUGGCAAAGAUUCAUUAGAAAAGGCUUAUACUCCAACACUUGUAACACGUCCCCAAUUCUAUGAUAAUAUGUUACAAGGCCGUGAUAAGAUAUCACAAGAAGUCAUGGAAAGAGUGAAUGAGCGAUACAGGAGUAGUUAA